CUCUUUGUGGCGGAGGCCCUUUCACAUCUGGAAACUGUGACAAGCUCCUCAGACCUUUUCUUACUGAAGAAAACCUCAAGAAAGUUGUAGGCCAGCUUCAUUGAUCCUUUGACACCUGUUGGGUCUAAUUUAACCUUACACCACCUUUAUGAGAUGUCUUUGCUCCUGAAAGUUGUCAGAAGGCAGGGCAGUUGGUUCCGCGAUGGAAUUUCGGUGGCUCGGAGAACAACAACAACAACAACAACUACAGCGACCGUCCGUUCGCAGAGCACCAGGGCAGAACCGGAAGGCAGCGUCGCGUACGAGAGUUCCGCUCGGCCUUUCGAAGAGAUCCCAGGGCCGAAGGGCUCCCCGCUCCCCGUCAUCGGGACGGCGUUGGACUACUCUCCUUUCGGUCAGUUUCCAAUGAAAACAAAGCUGAUGGAGUCAUUCAAAGAGAGGACGAAGACCUACGGGAACAUCUAUCGGGAAAAAAUCGGCCCGAUGGACCUCGUUGUCAUCAGCGAUCCCAAGGAGAUCGAGAGGUUGUUCCGUAACGAGGGCAGAUACCCUGAAAGGCAGCCGCUUCUCAGCGUUGAAAUCUAUCGCGAACUGAAGAAGCUGCCGGCUGGAAUAGUGAACCUAGUCGGUGAAGAGUGGCAGCGCGUGCGCAGCUCGGUGCAGAAGGACCUGAUGCGGCCGAAGACGGUCGGCGCGUACGCCGCUCUGCCGGAUGACGUCACCAGGGACCUGGUUGACGUCAUCCGGGCUCUGACAGGGAAGGAGGAGAACGGCGGGCAAAUUCACAACUUUACCAACUACGUGUACAGAUGGGCACUGGAGGCAAUCAGUGUGGUUGUGCUGGACAAACGGCUCGGCUGCCUGACCUUGGACGACCUUGAACCGGGUUCUGACGCUCAGCUGAUGAUCGACGGAGUCAACAAUUUCUUCAAAGCGUUCGUGAACCUGGAGCUCGCGGCAGUCGGCCUUUACAGGUACAUCAGCACCCCAACCUGGAGGAGGUUUGAGAAGGCAAUCAACCAGUGGCACUAUGUCGCUGCCAAGUUGCUGAAGGAAAAGCUGGCUAGAAGCACGACCGAAGAAGGGAAACCUGCUGAGUCCGACACGGACUUUCUCCAGAGCCUGCUCUCUAGAGAAGACGUCACGUUCGAGGAGGCAAUGCUGAUGGCGGUGGACCUUUUGGCUGCUGGGAUCGACACGACGGGAAAUACCUUGAUGUUCAACCUCUUCUGCCUGGCGAAAAAUCCCGAAGUCCAGGAGAAACUUUACCGUGAGAUCGCAGAGGUGGUUCCGCCUGGGAAGUCCAUAGACGACAAGACACUGAACAGGAUGCACUACCUGCGUGCUGUGGUGAAGGAAACUUUCAGAGUUUAUCCAACUGUUGGCAACAACCUGAGGACGUUGGACCGGGACAUUGUGUUGUCUGGAUAUGUCGUUCCAGCAAAGACAACGAUCAUGAUGGCCAAUGACGUCAUCAGCUCACUUCCGGAAUACUAUCCAGAACCGGAAAAGUUCAAACCGGAAAGAUGGCUCCGCAAUGACGUUGCAUCCGGCGGCAUACCACCGUUCGCGAUGCUGCCGUUUGGAUACGGAAAGAGGAUGUGCAUCGGUCGGCGUUUUGCAGAACAAGAACUGCAUCUUGGGUUGAUCAGGAUUGUUCAGAGCUUCCACGUGGGCUGGUCCGGAGAAGACAUGAAGAUGGAGAACAGGUUUGUCAACGCACCGGACAGGGACAGCUUCGUCUUCCGGGAGAGAGUUUGAGCUGCAUGAAAUCUGAUAUUUAAGCAUACUUUUUUGACGUUACACAGUUAAUUAUUUUAUGACGCCUGCAUGCACACACACAC